UGCAGCACCGGACCAUCGCCGUGUAAAUCGUCCGCACUGUUGCCCUAAGGUGGCCUACUCCGUGUCAGUUGUGAUUGAGGAGACCGACGAAACGAAGUGCUUUCCCAGUGGAAAAGAAUCCCACAUCCGGAGACAACAAUACCGUGUCUCUGGUGUCCGAAAAACACCUUUCCCAGCGUUUCGGGAGCGGAAGCAAAUCGAUCCGACUGCGAGGCAGUUAAUUCUCGCCCAUUUAUUCUGCGGGAACACCCGGGAAACGGUGCUAGGUGAAAACCGACAUCACAGCCACCCGUAACCAUGGGAAUCAAAUUCCUCGAAAUUAUUAAACCGUUCUGCGGCAUUCUGCCGGAGAUCGCCAAACCGGAGCGUAAGAUCCAGUUCCGCGAGAAGGUUCUAUGGACGGCGAUCACGCUGUUUAUCUUCCUCGUCUGCUGCCAGAUCCCGCUGUUCGGCAUUAUGAGCUCGGAUUCGGCCGAUCCGUUCUACUGGAUCCGAGUUAUUCUGGCCUCGAACCGGGGUACACUGAUGGAGCUGGGUAUUUCGCCGAUCGUCACGUCCGGACUUAUCAUGCAACUGCUCGCCGGUGCAAAGAUCAUUGAAGUUGGUGAUACGCCUAAGGAUCGGGCUCUGUUCAACGGCGCCCAGAAGCUGUUCGGCAUGGUCAUCACGAUCGGACAGGCCAUCGUGUACGUGAUGACGGGAAUGUACGGUGAUCCGGCCGAAAUCGGCGCCGGCGUAUGUCUGCUCAUCAUCAUCCAGCUGUUCGUGGCCGGCCUAAUCGUCCUGCUGCUCGACGAGCUGCUCCAGAAGGGAUACGGUCUCGGAUCGGGUAUUUCGCUGUUCAUUGCGACCAACAUUUGCGAAACGAUCGUCUGGAAGGCCUUCUCACCGGCCACCGUCAACACGGGCCGUGGUACCGAGUUCGAGGGUGCCGUCAUUGCUCUGUUCCAUCUGCUGGCCACGCGUCAGGACAAGGUGCGCGCCCUGCGCGAAGCAUUCUACCGUCAGAAUCUGCCCAACCUGAUGAACCUGCUCGCGACGGUGCUGGUGUUUGCGGUGGUCAUAUACUUCCAGGGCUUCCGCGUCGACCUGCCGAUCAAAUCGGCCCGCUACCGCGGCCAAUACAGCAGCUAUCCGAUCAAGCUGUUCUACACCUCGAAUAUCCCGAUCAUUCUGCAGUCAGCCCUCGUCUCCAAUUUGUACGUCAUCUCGCAGAUGCUGGCGGUCAAGUUUCAUGGCAACUUCUUGAUUAACCUGCUCGGCGUUUGGGCGGACGUAGGCGGUGGUGGCCCGGCUCGCUCGUACCCGAUUGGUGGCCUUUGCUACUACCUGUCGCCGCCCGAGUCACUCGGGCACAUCGUUGCCGAUCCGAUCCACGCCGUCCUGUACAUCGUCUUCAUGCUCGGUUCCUGCGCAUUCUUCUCGAAAACGUGGAUCGACGUGUCGGGAAGCUCGGCCAAGGACGUGGCCAAGCAGCUGAAGGAACAGCAGAUGGUGAUGCGAGGCCAUCGGGAAAAUUCGAUGAUUCACGAGCUCAACCGAUACAUCCCGACGGCGGCAGCUUUCGGUGGUCUCUGCAUCGGAGCACUGUCCGUUUUAGCUGACUUCAUGGGUGCGAUCGGUUCCGGCACCGGUAUUCUGCUGGCCGUCACCAUCAUCUACCAGUACUUCGAGAUCUUCGUCAAGGAGCAGUCCGAGAUGGGCGGCAUGGGCACGUUACUCUUCUAAGAAGACCGCUAAACGGGGAGCAUCCUUAUCAUUUCCCUCUUCAUCUCGUACCUUCUUCCUCCUUUCAUCCCAAGUGGUGUUGUGUUGUUAUCCGUUGAAUCCCUAGUUCUUUGUUUUUUUUUUAAAUGUCAUUUGCCCACGCUGUCCCCCUAGUGUUGGAGCCCAGCAAGAGGCAGAGGACGCACCCUUGGCGCGACCUCAUUCGGCAGCCCAUCACUGACCCCCGUGCACCUUCUUCGCAACACGAAAACGGUUUAAUUUAAGUGCAUACUUCUUCGUUAGCGUUUAAGAGAGCCAACACUCUGCGAAACAGAGAUAUAGUGCGACUGAGACAUGGAAAGAAAGGUGUAAUAAUGUAAUGUAAUCAGUGUAAAAGUGACACAGAUUCUUUUCUCUUGUGCGAGAGAAGGAAAAACCCGCAAACCGGAGCGAAGGGGCGAGAAGCAAACAAAACACUGCAAUACCUGAAAAUAAAAGAAAAUACACAGUUCAAUUUGUCCCCUAUCGGCGGUGUGCGCCUCACGGAGGAAGAUGCGCAGGAACAACUUCCGUGGUCCGUCAUGCAGAUUCGGCUCGCUUUCCGUUUCUUGCAUCAUCAUUUGGUUUCUUUUUCGACGGACCGUGGCAGGAAUGCAAUAAUUUAAAAUAGGACAACUCCGGGCUCAUUGUGGAGAGAGGACAAAUAGCGAAAUAGUUAAUCAAUUCUUUCCUAAGCCCAUUCACGCAGACUCCGCAGACACUUCGGCAUCGAGCGCGGAAUGUCCUAUCCCGCUAUGUGGUUGGACUCGGCGGAGCUUUUAUAACCUCGCUUUUUCUUCGUUUUCGUUCCGGCACUCAAGAUAGGAACGAAAAUUGAGGAACACACAGGAGAGAAAUAGCUUCCAUCAGCACCGCAAAAAUAAGGACGAAGGCAUGCGAGAGGGACGGCCGAAAAAGUUGCAUUUAAACGCGCAUCUUCUUCUGCGAGGCAAAAUCGGAUCGGAAUAAACUAAAAUGAAAUUCAACUAAAAAAUGUGUUUCGUUUCGUU